AUGAAGGUUUCCGGAAUCCUCGCCAGUGGCGCUUUCCUCUUGCAGACUGCGUCUGCCCAUUACAUCUUCCAAACUGUCAAUGGCGGCCCCGCAUACCAGUACUUCCGUACAAACACCAACUACAACUCUCCAGUUGUUGACGUCACCAGCAGUGAUAUGAGAUGCAAUGUUGGUGCUCUUACUGGUGGCUCGACACAAACUUUGACAGUUUCUGCCGGUAGCAAGCUUACUCUUGGACUUGACACCGCUGUUUACCACAACGGCCCAAUCCUGUUCUACCUCGGACGAGCCAGUGGCUCUGCCCAAUCCUGGGAUGGUAGCGGUGCUAACUGGUUCAAGUUCGAGCAGCGAGGACCAUCGUUCUCUGGUGGCUCCGUCACAUGGCCAAUGAGCGUCUCCUACGAUGUCACAAUCCCAUCUGGUGUUCCAUCGGGCCAGUGGCUCCUCCGUGCCGAGCAAAUCGGCAUCCACAACCCCUACCCAGCUGGUGACCCACAGUUCUACAUUGGCUGUGCUCAACUCCAGAUCACCAACGGUGGCAGCUGCUCACCAAACUACUUCUCCAUCCCUGGACACAUUUCGGCCACUGACCCUGGUAUCACCGUCAACAUCUACUCCAACUUCAACAGCUAUACCUUCCCUGGUCCAGCUGCCCAGGCCUGCAACGGUGGCGGUGGUGGAAACCCAACUACCACCGCUGCUCGCACUACCACUGCUGCUCAAACCACCCUUGUGACUCGAACCACCACUGCGGCUACCACCGCCCGCACCACUACUACCGCUGCCCGCACCACCACUACUCCUGCCGGUAGCACUGGAGGUUCUCCACUUUACGGACAGUGUGGAGGUAUUGGCUGGACUGGCCCAACUUCUUGCUCUCAAGGCACUUGCAAGGAGCUUAACGCCUACUACAGCCAGUGCGUCAAUUAA